AUGUGGCAGCUUGACCACCACAUCGACACCAUCAUAGAGCCAGUUAUAGUCAAUUUCAACGAGGAAAGCUAUAGCGACAGUUUAUUACUGUCAGAUGUAAGUGGAAGCGACGAUGAAUAAAGGUAAUUCCCAAAUUUUUGACUUACAAUAUGUUUUAAACGACUCUUUAUUAAGCAUGUGACAAAUCUAGUUCACCCAUGUUAAACAUUCAUACCCCGCCUAUGAACAGCCGACUACUGGUAGUUAAGUGAUGUUCACGUGAACAUCGAUGAGUCAUUACAGUUUUAGAUAGUUAUAGUAUAGACGAUCUAGCACACGCUGCGGAGUAUUUCGUGACUGAAGGAAAUGACGAACGCUUUCCGUACCGACAGAUUCUUCAUCUUUAUUUUCCUUUUCUUCGUCAUCAUCAGUAUCAACUGCUGA